GCGCAAACGGUGAGUCAUCCGGGUUCUCGCGUGUAGAAUAGACUGGAAGAACCUUUACUACUGGAACAUCGAACUAAACUCAGACAUCACGGAAAGAACAACUCGAAUCUAAUUUUAGGGAGUUCUUCAAGUGUACCAUGACGGUAAGUGUUUACAAAAUACAUUACCAUCGGCUUCAUAUAAUUUGUUAACUAUUGCUAUUUUAAAGAUGUUGUUUCAUCAAGAUGGCGUCUCUCUGGCCGUGGCAGCCAUAGCAUUAUGAAUUAGAAUACGAUCUCUAGUGGCAGCCAUGUCGACAAGCCAGCGAGUUUAGGGUUAGUUAAGUUAGCUAGCUAACUAAAGAUAAUUUGGCCUGCUAACCGCCAUUAGUUAGGUAAGUCGCUUUUACCAGGUUGGCAUGUCGUGUUGAUUUAGUAAAUAAAUUGAAAUUCUCCUUCAUAUAGCUAUUGGUCAAAGUUGGCUUGCACAGCCGUUACUUAGUAAACCUAGCUAGUUAACGCCGUAAGAUAGCCAUCUAGGUAAUUUAGCAAUGAAUGAGUGGUUGUUUUGCCACUUGCAAUCUAGCUAACUAAUCUCUGUUUAGAACGACCGCCUUUAUUCAUUAUUCAUGAACUGGUUUUGUAGCCUCGGUGUGGGCUGCAGACUCCCUUUUUAUAGGUGUGCAACUUUAACAAACCAGCUGCCCAUGGCCAUCAGGAUCUUCAUUGGGUGUAUUGGUAGGGUUGGAACAAAUAACUGCAUACCCAGUACCUGUCCAGGAGGAGGGCUUGUCACUUCUGAGAUGUUAUAUUUGUUUCCCAAAGAGCAAUCUUCAGUGAAUCAAUGUUAGUGUAAGGGAGGUACAGUAUGUCCAGUUGCGUCGGUGUGACUGACGAGUCUAGUUUGCCUAAACAUCAGGCUGUUCCCAUGGUUACUCCAUGGAUCUCAGUCUGAAAGAAGUCGCUGUUAAAAAAAAACCCAGUAGUCUCUACAAGCCAGAAUGUUGAAUACAAUGAUAUUUAAACGUACUUUACCGGUUGUCCGUGUUCUUGGUCCUUUGGGCGGUAGGAAGUGGAGAUGGGGUGACCACAGUAGUGUUUACCUGACUUUUGGCGGCGCCAGUAGGUUCUGUUGCUUGUAUUUUCCAUCUCCUGACGCAUUUCACGUGAUGCACAAUAUGUAAACAAUAGCCGAAUGUAACGGAACGUUGUCCUUAUGUAGGAGGUAAUCUGAGACAAAAUAUCAAGUGUUAUUAACCAAAGCGCGUUCCAUCGCCAUCAGCUGGAAGUGCUUGUGAAAUGUGCCAGCUGAUUGCAUGGGACAACGUUUGGUCUGUGCUGCAGUUAAACUCUGCCGUUGUUGACUGAUGCCGCGUUCAUAUGCUAGUCGGAACUCUGACAUUUCCGACUUGCUGAUUCGUUGAACACCGUACACUUAUAACUACAACCAGGUAGAAAGUCGGGAAUUUCGGCGUUUCCUAGUUCCGACUAGCACGUGAACGCGGCAAUAUUGUGCAAGUCGCGUGUGAAUUGCGUCAUCAUUGACAAUACAAACCGACAUACAGACCAGCGUACUGAAAUUUGGGUUAAUAACACUCUGUUGAUAUUUUGUCACAGAUUACCUCCUACACAAGAACAAAAUCAGCCUCUGGGAAUCGUAGAGACUCAUACUAACGCAGCUCAAACCUAGUGGUGGGGACACUGUUUUGUGCUGAAACAGUCAUCACAGAUUGCUGCUUUAAAGGAGCAAUAACUGUAAGGUUGAAUAGUGUGUGUGUGUGCUUUCUUCAAUUUAGGCCCGUGACGCCGAUUCGACUGACUUGCUACCCUUGAUGGGCUCUCUUUAUACGGACAGAAGAAAACACAUUAUGGAAUCAACCAAAUCACCCAGAAGCUCCAAACACCACCAUUCACGAUCGAGGUCACGCUCCAGGGACCGAAAGCGCAAAUCAAGUAAGUUAAAGGCACAGAAUUUGAUAAUCAAAUCCAAGCCCUUAACCAACAAUGCAGUUCAAGAAAGAGUGAAGAAAAUAUUUACUAAAUAAACUUAGUAACACAAUAAAAUAACAAUAACGAGGCUGUAUACAGGGGGUACCGGUACCGAGUCAAUGUGCGAGGGUACAGGUUAGUCGAGGUAAUUUGUACAUGUAGGUAGGGGUAAAGUGACUAUGCAAAGAUAAUAAUCAGCGAGUAGCAGCAGUGUAAAAACAAAUGGGGGGGGUCAAUGCAAAUAGUCCAGGUGGCUAUUUUAUUAAUUGUUCAGCAGUCUUAUGGCUUGGGAGUAGAAGCUGUUAAGGAGCCUUUUGGUCCUAGACUUGGCGCUCCGGUACCACUUUCCGUGCGGUAGCAGAGAGAACACUCUAUGACUUGGGUGACUGGAGUCUUGGACAAUUAUUUUGGGCCUUCCUCUGACACCGCCAAGCAUAAUAUUGUUUGUAGCUCAAUUUAACACAUUCAGGUCACUUGGUAGGUCACACAUCUAUCUUCAGAUCCCAGGCCAACUGGUCAUGGCAUUUGUCUUUUGACAUAAGCUUAGGGCAGCAGCUGUAAGUUGUUGACAGGAAAGUCCAAAAUAGUCAAUUACAACAGGUGACUCAUUAGAGGCAACCCUAGCCCAGGUUCUAGAAUGAGUGGAACUCAGGUCUAGUUGUAUAACAUAUACCCACCUUGCGUGUUAUUUCCCGACCUGUGCCUGUUUGGUUACACUUUUCCCACGCCUGAAGGUAUAUCCGUAAUCGGUAGACUUCAGAUUGGGAAUGCGCCGUUUGCAUCGCCGAACAGUGCCCAAUAAAUUUUUUUACACAUACCUUCCACCCUCAGACACCGUAUGCCGGGGUAUUUGGUAAAAGCCACGGGGUGGUUUUUCAAUUCCGUCAAAAUGAUUUCUUUGAAGUUUUUAAAUACAUUUGAGUAUUUGUAGCUACUUUUUAAGUUGUUACCUGCAGUCAUCUUGUGCAAUACCUUAGCAGAUAAAGCAGAUUGCGUUUUUCAUUUCACCGGUCACCUUAUUUUAAAUGAUGAAGCUUACCGUAGUUCCCCAGAACAUUUGAGCCAGUCACGUGUUUAUUUGUAAAUGGCAUAACGGGAGAAAGGGAGCUGGUGAGUCCAUAGCGUUCUAUAUCUGUCGGCCAGUCUCUGUUGUGCGGCGCACAUGAGGUGAUGAAGUUACACUAGUAUGCAAUUCACUACUAAAUGUUUGCCAUCAGUUAUCUUAUAAUGGCAUCCUGCCAGAAGUCAACGAGCUCUGGAUGAGUUCUGUACAGCUGCCAUAUUUUCCCUGUGCUUCCUACGUAUGUUUUUUUUCUCUGCCGUUCUUCUCCCAUCUGCUCCCUGUAUACAGUGAGGAAAAAAAGUAUUUGAUCCCCUGCUGAUUUUGUACGUUUGCCCUCUGACAAAGAAAUGAUCAGUCUAUAAUUUUAAUGGUAGGUUUAUUUGAACAGUGAGAGACAGAAUAACAACAAAAAAAUCCAGAAAAACACAUGUCAAAAAUGUUAUAAAUUGAUUUGCAUUUUAAUGAGGGAAAUAAGUAUUUGACCCCCUCUCAAUCAGAAAGAUUUCUGGCUCCCAGGUGUCUUUUAUACAGGUAACGAGCUGAGAUUAGGAGCACACUCUUAAAGGGAGUGCUCCUAAUCUCAGCUUGUUACCUGUAUAAAAGACACCUGUCCACAGAAGCAAUCAAUCAAUCAGAUUCUAAACUCUCCACCAUGGCCAAGACCAAAGAGCUCUCCAAGGAUGUCAGGGACAAGAUUGUAGACCUACACAAGACUGGAAUGGGCUACAAGACCAUCACCAAGCAGCUUGGUGAGAAGGUGACAACAGUUGGUGUGAUUAUUCGCAAAUGGAAGAAACACAAAAGAACUGUCAAUCUCCCUCGGCCUGGGGCUACAUGCAAGAUCUCACCUCGUGGAGUUGCAAUGAUCAUGAGAACGGUGAGGAAUCAGCCCAGAACUACACGGGAGGAUCUUGUCAAUGAUCUCAAGGCAGCUGGGACCAUUGUCACCAAGAAAACAAUUGGUAACACACUACGCCGUGAAGGACUGAAAUCCUGCAGCGCCCGCAAGGUCCCCCUGCUCAAGAAAGCACAUAUACAGGGCCGUCUGAAGUUUGCCAAUGAACAUCUGAAUGAUUCAGAGGAGAACUGGGUGAAAGUGUUGUGGUCAGAUGAGACCAAAAUCGAGCUCUUUGGCAUCAACUCAACUCGCCGUGUUUGGAGGAGGAGGAAUGCUGCCUAUGACCCCAAGAACACCAUUCCCACCGUCAAACAUGGAGGUGGAAACAUUAUGCUUUGGGGGUGUUUUUCUGCUAAGGGGACAGGACAACUUCACUGCAUCAAAGGGACGAUGGACGGGGCCAUGUACCGUCAAAUCUUGGGUGAGAACCUCCUUCCCUCAGCCAGGGCAUUGAAAAUGGGUCGUGGAUGGGUAUUCCAGCAUGACAAUGACCCAAAACACACGGCCAAGGUAACAAAGGAGGGGCUUCAAGAAGAAGCACAUUAAGGUCCUGGAGUGGCCUAGCCAGUCUCCAGACCUUAAUCCCAUAGAAAAUCUGUGGAGGGAGCUGAAGGUUUGAGUUGCCAAACGUCAGCCUCGAAACCUUAAUGACUUGGAGAAGAUCUGCAAAGAGGAGUGGAACAAAAUCCCUCCUGAGAUGUGUGCAAACCUGGUGGCCAACUACAAGAAACGUCUGACCUCUGUGAUUGCCAACAAGGGUUUUGCCACCAAGUACUAAGUCAUGUUUUGCAGAGGGGUCAAAUACUUAUUUCCCUCAUUUAAAAUGCAAAUCAAUUUAUAACAUUUUUGACAUGCGUUUUUCUGGAUUUUUUUGUUAUUCUGUCUCUCACUGUUCAAAUAAACCUACCAAUAAAAGUAUAGACUGAUCAUUUCUUUGUCAGAGGGCAAACGUACAAAAUCAGCAGGGGAUCAAAUACUUUUUUCCCUCACUGUACAUGCUGCUCUUCCUUCAGAAAAGCAUGCAUCACAACGGUAUGACAAUAUGAAAAGCUGGAUACCGCCCAAGCCUAGUACAGUCAUUUCAGCAUGACAACUCAAAUGCUUCUCCAAUGUUAUGCUCUAAGAUGGAGUGUUACUGUUUAAAAUAGUGUUACUGUACUUACUGUUGUUAAAGGUGCAGUAUGCAGAAAUGGCGCCACAAUUUCCUGGUUGCAAAAAUUCUAAUAGUUAGUCUAAUUUCAGUUUGUGACAAACUGUAUAGUGUAGAGAGUCAUUGUACUGUCUAAACCACUGUGAAAUAUCCUUUCAAUAACCAAAAAUAUAAUAUUUUCAGCUUUUUGAAGCUGGUGUACACAACCUGAAAGUAAAUUACGCUAAAAUGAAACUUAAGAACGGGAAGCAUAGAAGUAGCGCAGAUAGAACAGAUCUCUCGCUUCUUGGACUUGCUUUCGAUGAGUGAUGAGUCUAACUCGCAUUUCUAUGUGAUUUGGUCGGGUCGCUCAAAAAGUGACGUUGCAGUUUUAACUGUUUACAUGACAGUGAGCUCUCUAGGGCUAUGGCAACCCUAACUUGACAGUGCAAUAGAAUUGGUCACUGUUCUCACCAAUCCGUUUUGUUACUUUUACAGGUGACAAAAAGCACAGACGAAGUCGGAGCAGGAGCAAAGAGGUAACUAAUAUUAGUUCAUUUUAGUGAACUAAAAGUACAGCAUUGUCACCAACUUGAAUGUCGAUAGUUUUCCUUUUUUUUUGUCUUAGAUCAUGGUAAGUACCAAACAACAGUGUAGGCUAUUUAACCUUAAUCAAAGCUUAAGAGAUUUCAAGAUGGGCAUGGAAUCAAUUAAAUUGAAAAAAUAUGUAUACAUUUUUUUCUUUACAUGAACUUAUCCUUCUUGGACAUCUGUCACUUUUUAAGUGUAGCCGUCCGUACUAGAUGGUGAAGAUUGAAUAUGUAGGAGAUUUUUUUCUUUUUAAUAAAUCCUGUGUGUAGAUCACAUGAUAACAUUUCUACAAUAAAUUAUACUCAGCGUGCUAAAGCACGAAGAGACACUGAACUGAAGACGCUGCUGACAUAGCAAAAUUAUAUGCCUACUACUCGAACAGGUAACUAUCAGCCAUUCAAACUCAUACUUGCCUCCUAGAAUUAAGAAAAUAAAGGAAAUUAACUUUAGCAUCUUUUAUAGCCUAUUACUGGGUUCAAUUCAAGCUGCAUUGUUAUUACAAUUACUCAAAUACAUUAAUCCAAUUCAUUCUUAGCCCGCCUUUUGAAAUCUGCACUUGUAGAUGGGGAAUGUAGUGUUACAUGAACUAAAACUAAGCUAUUAAAGCUGUCUCUGAGAUGAUCCACGGUAAUCUACAUUGAGUUUGGGGUACUAUUUAAGGCUUUUAAUACAUGUACCUACCAUUUAUAUAUUUGAACCAAAACUAAGUAGAGGUGGCUGUACUUACUUGGUGCACUUGAGUAGGUGGUGGACAUGACAGAACAUAUUUACAUUUUAGUCAUUUAGCAGACACUCUUAUCCAGAGUGACUUACAGUUAGUGAGUGCAUACAUUUUCAUACUGCACUACAAGUUAGGGAUCUACUAGUCUAGAUACACUGAACAAAAAUAUAAACGCAACAUGUAAAGUGUUGGUCCUAUGUUUCAUGAGCUGAAAUAAAAGAUCCCAGAAAUGUUCCAUACACACAAAAAGCUUAUCUCUCAAAUUUUGUGCACAAAUUUGUUUGCAUCCAUGUUAGUGAGCAUUUCUCCUUUGCCAAGAUAAUCCAUCCACCUGACAGGUGUGGCAUUUCAAGAAGCUGAUUAAACAGCAUGAUCAUUACACAGGUAUACCUUGUGCUGGGGACAAUAAAAGGCCACUCUAAAAUGUAGUUUUGUCACACAACUCAAUGCUAUAGAGGUCUCAAGUUUUGAGGGAGUGUGCAAUUGGCACACUGACAAAAGGAAUGUCCGCCAGCGCUGUUGCCAGAUAAUGUUAAUUUCUCUACAAUAUGUGCCUCCAGCGUCGUUUUAGAGAACUUGGCAGUACAUCCAACCAGCCUCGCAACCGCAGGCCACGUGUAUGGUGUCGUGUGGGCGAGCGGUUUGCCCCUGUCAACAUUGUGAACAGUUUGCCCCAUGUGGGGUUAUGGUAUGGGAAGGCAUAAACUACGGACAAUGAACACACUUGCAUUUUAUCUAUGGCAAUUUGAAUGCAUAGAUACGGUGACGAGACCCUGAGGCUCAUUGUUGUGUCAUUCAUCCUCCGCCAUCACCUCAUGUUUCAGCAUGACAAUGCAAGGAUCUGUAUACAAUUCCUGGAAGUUGAAAAUGUCCCAGUUCUUCCAUGGCCUGCAUACUCACCAGACAUGUCACCCAUUGAGCAUGUUUGGGAUGCUCUGGAUCAAUAUGUACGACAGAGUGUUCCAGUUUCUGCCAAUAUCCAGCAACUUUGCACAACCAUUCCACAGGGCACAAUCAACAGCCUGAUCAACUUUUUGCGAAGGAGAUGAGUCGCGCACUGCAUGAGGCAAAUGGUGGUCACACCAUAUACUGAAUGGUUUUCUGAUCCACGCCCGUACCAUAAAAAAAAAAAAAAGGUAUCUGUGACCAAUAAAUCCAUAUCUGUAUUCCCAGUCAUGUAAAAUCCGUAGAUUAGGGUCUAAUGAAUUUAUUUAAAUGGACUGAUUUCCUUAUCGGAACUGUAACACAAUAAUAUUUUGCAAUUAUUUUGUUUUAUAUUUUUGUUCAGUAUACUUGGACUUGGAGGGCAAUUCAAUUUCAAAUUUCUCUCCAGUUAGACUAUCAAGCUGUAAAGAGUAAAAUAAAAAUAUUAAACAAACGUUUAAAAAGUAUACUGACAGUGUAGCUCCUUCAAGCCGUUUAUACUUUUGACAUACAGUGCAUUUGGAACGUAUUCAGACCCCUUGACUUUUCCCACAUUUUGUUAGGUUACAGCCUUAUUCUAAAAUGUAUUAAAAAUAAUUAUAAUUGUCAUCAAUCUACACACAAUACCCGAUAAUGACAAAGCAAAACCUUGUUUUUAGACAUUUUUGAAGAAAAAAUCUAAAUAAAAAGUAUUCAGUACUUUGUUGAAGCACCUGUGGCAGCGAUUACAGCCUCGAGUCUUUUUGGCUAUGACACUACAAGCUUGGCACGCCUGUAUUUGGGGAGUUUCUCCCAUUCUUCUCUGCAGAUCCUCUCAAGCUCUGUCAGGUUGGAUGGGAAGCGUUGCUGCACAACUAUUUUCAGGUCUCCGGGGAUGUUAGAUCGAGUCUGGGCUCUGGCUGGGCCACUCAAGGACAUUGAGACUUGUCCCGAAGCCACUCCUGCGUUGUCUUGGCUGUGUGCUUAGGUUUGUUGUCCUGAUGGAAGGUGUCUUCCGAGUGGCGCAGUGGUCUAAGGCACUGCAUCGCAGUGCUAGCUGUGUCACUAGAGAUCCUGGUUCGAAUCCAGGCUCUGUCGUAGCCGGCCGCGACUGGGAGACCCAUGGGGCGGUGCACAAUUGGCCCAGCGUCGUCCAGGGUAGGGGAGGGAAUGGCCGGCAGGGAUGUAGCUCAGUUGGUAGAGCAUGGCGUUUGCAACGCCAGGGUUGUGGGUUCGAUUCCCACGGGGGUUGGGCAGUAUACAUUUUUUUUUUUAAAUAAAACAUUGUAUGCACUCACUAACUGUAAGUCGCUCUGGAUAAGAGCGUCUGCUAAAUGACUAAAAUGUAAAUGUAAAAUGUGAACCUUCACCCCAGUCUGAGGUCCUGAGCGCUCUGGAGCAGGUUUUCAUCAAGGAUCUCUCUGUACUUUGCUGCGUUCAUCUUAGCCUCGAUCCUGACUAGUUUCCCAGUCCCUGCCGCUGAAAAACAUCCCCACAGCAUGAUGCUACCACCACCGUGCUUCACCGUAGGGAUGGUGCCAGGUUUCUUCCAGACGUGACGCUUGGCAUUCAGGCCAAAGAGUUCGAUCUUGGUUUCAUCAGACCAGAGAAUCUUGUUUCUCAUGGUCUGAGAGUCUUUAGGUGCCUUUUGGCAAACUCCAAGGUGCCUUUUACUGAAGAGUGGCUUCCGUCUGGCCACUCUACCAUAAAGGCCUGAUUGGUGGAGUGUUGCAGAGAUGUCCUUCUGGAAGGUUCUCCCAUCUUCACAGAGGAACUCUGGAGCUCUCUGAGUGACCAUCUGGUUCUUUGUUACCCCCCUGACCAAGGCCCUUCUCGCCGAUUGCUCAGUUUGGCUGGGCGGCCAGCUCUAGGAAGAGUCUUGGUGGUUCCAAACUUUUUCCAUUCUGUGCCUCGACACAAUCCUGUCUCGGAGCUCUACGGACCUCAUGGCUUGGUUUUUGCUCGGACAUGCACUGUCGACUGUGGGACCUUUUCUAUAGACAGGUGUGCCUUUCCAAAUCAUGUCCAAUCAAUUGAAUUUACCACAGGUGGACUCCAAGUUAUAGAAACAUCUCAAGGAUGAUCAAUGGAAACAGGAUGCACCUGAGCUCAAUUUUGAGUCUCAUAGCAAAGGGUCUGAAUACUUAUGUAAAUAAGGUAUUUCAGUUUUACAUUUUUAAUACAUUUGCAAAAAUUCUAAACCUGUUUUUCGCUUUGUCAUUAUGGUGUAUUGUGUGUAGAUUGAGGAUUUUCAUUUAUUUAAUCAAUUUUAGAAUAAGACUGUAACGUAACAAAAUGUGGAAAAAGUAAAGUGGUCUGAAUACUUUCCGAAGGCACUGUAUGGUCGGUUUCUGGUGAUCAGACUUAAUGAGGGGAAUGUAUGUAUGUCUGAACUGAGCAAGAGUUCUCAACAUGCUUUGGUAUUUUCUGUAUCAAACCGUUGUACUAACGCUCUUUGUUGCACUAUUUUCCUGAAAGAGACAACUUCUUCUUAAAACAGGCACGAAGGAGGGAGUCUGAGAAGCCAUCAAAAUCUCACAGCAAGCCGGAUGAGCAGCCGGAGCAGACUGAGAGGGGCAGGGAGAGACUUUCUGCAGAGAAUGGGGAGGAGCGACACCGGCGCAAAGACAAGAAGGGACGGAGCCACUCCAGGUCACACUCACGGGACAGGUGGGUCUAGGCUCAGGGAGAUGCUACAUGAUGUCUUGAUAUGUAUUGAAACUGGUCAUAGUAAACUGGGAAGAGUGAUUUGCAUGUAUAAUGUUUCUCCCCAAAAUGUAUUUACAUACUGUUUUAGACGUCAUCGCAGCAGAAGUCGGGACAAACGGAGUUCGCGAUCCCCGCGGGAGAAGAAGAAGAGGGCCAGGUCCCGGUCGGGUUCAAAGACCAAACACCGCCACAGGAGCAGGAGCAAAAGCAGGUGGGUUUCGCUUGCUGCUUUCCCUACCAUUUUCUGUGUUUGUCUUUGGUAACUAGGGAUGUGACUGCCGUUGUUUUGGUUGAAAAGCUUAGGCGGCAAUGCAGUUCAAUCUACCGCAGUCCUGGCUUCCUAUCGUUCUGUCGUCUAGUUACCACAGCCACAAAGUAAUUAACCCCGCCUAUUUCUACAAUUUAUCUUCUAUCAUUUUAAACCUAACCACACUGCUGACCUUAUGCCUAACCCUAAAUCAACAUUUUGUUUUCAUGAAUUCUUACGAUAUAGCCUAUUUUGACUUUGUGUCUGUGGUAACUAGUGGAAACCCUACCAGACAGCGCUCUCCUUACAGCUGUCCCCCACCCACUCAGCAAAGAUGGUAUUAAUGCCGUUUUAGGUUCUCUGUUGUGUGCCUCUCCUCCAUGUUGUCAGUAUGUACUUCAUGUCCCACUUCUCAUCAAUUUGAUGUCUCGUUGUAGUGAUGUAUGACCGCGUGCUCUUAUACAUCCCACAAUCUGUUAAUGCCACCACGUAUGGUGUUUGAGAGCUCGCACUUUGUACUUGCAGAGCAAUCACCAUACAAUUUCUCCAUCGAGCUGUCACGGUUUUUCGACAUGUUAUCUUGUAGUCUUGUUCUAGAUAUGUCAUUAGGGGGUAUUGAAGCCGACAUCCUCUACCAUUGACAUUUACAUUUUAGUCAUUUUAGCAGACGCUCUUAUCCAGAGCGACUUACAGUUAGCACAUACAUUAUUUUAUCGAACCCACAACCCUGGCGUUGCAAACGCCAUGCUCUACCAACUGAGCUACAUCCCCUGCCGGCCAUUCCCUCCCCUACCCUGGACGACGCUGGGCCAAUUGUGCAUUGACAAUGGAUGCAUACUGCAAUCAUUUCUGUAAUCAUUGUUGUGAUUUUCUCACUCCUUCCCUUAUCGCACUGCUGCCAGCAACGAGUUGGGUCUCAUGGUGACUCCUUUUCAGCAUUGCACCUGUUCUGCCACUGUAGCUCAAUUCCACCUCACAAAGUUUGCAUUGCAUCACCUUCUCAUUUAACUUCUCAAAGUAUUGCCAUACAGGACUUCGCUGAUGUCGCUUCCUUGUCUCACUCUGCCAUUUUCCCAACUGUUAACGACGAUGACGUGCGGAGCACUUUGUAUCCGUGGCAAAUAAUUUAAAAGAUGCAUGUCUCCUACUAAUGUUACAGCAUUGUUGCAUUAGGUAUUUGUUACAUUUUUUUAUUUUUCCCUUUAUGAUGAUGAUCAGGACCUGUUAAUGGUAGUUUUGUGAUGACUGCACUGUGAUUGUAACUUUGUUUUAAAAAAACAUGGUUCAGUUAGGGAUUUUUUUCUAUAUGUUACCAAUCCCAAUGUCGUUUAAACGUUCACACCCCUAUUGGUAACCACUCCUGUGUGCCUAACGUUUGCCCCUCUGUCAGUUUGUAACCGUGUGUGUGUGAAUGCAUAUCUUUCUGUGGAUCUUGAAAUGCUAUGUCUCUUUAGGGAGCGGAAGAAGAAGACUGAGAAAGUGCGCAGAAAAGAGAAGAGUCGUAGCAGAUCUGUGAGCCCCCCGGCUUUCCGGGGCAGAAACACUGCCAUGGACGCACAGGAGGCCCUGGCCAGAAGGUACCGCAGCAGCUUAGAGGAACUGUGAGGCUGAAGAUUUGUUUGUUGAGUGUCUCUAUUAGGUAGUUAAUGUUUUAAUGUCACAGAACAAGUGAAAUGUGAAAUGCCUUUCUUGCAAGCUCCAAACCCAACAAUGCGGUAAUCAAUAUCAAUGUAGUACUAAAAAUAACAUAAGGUAGAACAAAAACACACCAGAAAUAGAAAGAAAUAAGAAGCUAUAUACAGGGUCAGUUCCAAUACCAUAUUUACAAUGUGCAGGGAUACUGGAGUGAGGUACAGUGAGGGGGAAAAAGUAUUUGAUCCCCUGCUGAUUUUGUACGUUUGCCCACUGACAAAUAAAUGAUCAGUCUAUAAUUUUAAUGGUAGGUUUAUUUGAACAGUGAGAGACAGAAUAACAACAACAAAAUCCAGAAAAACGCAUGUCAAAAAUGUUAUAUAUUGAUUUGCAUUUUAAUGAGGGAAAUAAGUAUUUGACCCCUCUGCAAAACAUGACUUAGUACUUGGUGGCAAAACCCUUGUUGGCAAUCAGAGGUCAGAUGUUUCUUGUAGUUGGCCACCAGGUUUGCACACAUCUCAGGAGGGAUUUUGUUCCACUCCUCUUUGCAGAUCUUCUCCAAGUCAUAAAGGUUUCGAGGCUGACGUUUGGCAACUCGAACCUUCAGCUCCCUCCACAGAUUUUCUAAUGGAAUAAGGCCUGGAGACUGGCUAGGCCACUCCAGGACCUUAAUGUGCUUCUUCUUGAGCCACUCCUUUGUUGCCUUGGCCGUGUGUUUUGGGUCAUUGUCAUGCUGGGAUACCCAUCCACGACCCAUUUUCAAUGCCCUGGCUGAGGGAAGGAGGUUCUCACCCAAGAUUUGACGAUACAUAGCCCCGUUCAUCGUCCCUUUGAUGCAGUGAAGUUGUCCUGUCCCCUUAGCAGAAAAACACCCCCAAAGCAUAAUGUUUCCACCUCCAUGUUUGACAGUGGGGAUGGUGUUCUUGGGGUCAUAGGCAGCAUUCCUCCUACUCCAAACACGGCGAGUUGAGUUGAUGCCAAAGAGCUCGAUUUUGGUCUCAUCUGACCACAACACCUUCACCCAGUUCUCCUCUGAAUCAUUCAGAUGUUCAUUGGCAAACUUCAGACGGCCCUGUAUAUGUGCUUUCUUGAGCAGGGGGACCUUGCGGGCGCUGCAGGAUUUCAGUCCUUCACGGCGUAGUGUGUUACCAAUUGUUUUCUUGGUGACUAUGGUCCCAACUGCCUUGAGAUCAUUGACAAGAUCCUCCCGUGUAGUUCUGGGCUGAUUCCUCACCGUUCUCAUGAUCAUUGCAACUCCACAAGGUGAGAUCUUGCAUGGAGCCCCAGGCCGAGGGAGAUUGACAGUUAUUUUGUGUUUCAGUUAUAACUGUUGUCACCUUCUCACCAAGCUGCUUGGCGAUGGUCUUGUAGCCCAUUCCAGCCUUGUGUAGGUCUACAAUCUUGUCCCUGACAUCCUUGGAGAGCUCUUUGGUCUUGGCCAUGGUGGAGAGUUUAGAAUCUGAUUGAUUGAUUGCUUCUGUGGACAGGUGUCUUUUAUACAGGUAACAAGCUGAGAUUAGGAGCACUCCCUUUAAGAGUGUGCUCCUAAUCUCAGCUUGUUACCUGUAUAAAAGACACCUGGGAGCCAGAAAUCUUUCUGAUUGAGAGGGGGUCAAAUACUUAUUUCCCUCAUUAAAAUGCAAAUCAAUUUAUAACAUUUUUGACAUGUGUUUUUCUGGAUUUUUUGUUGUUGUUAUUCUGUCUCUCACUGUUCAAAUAAACAUACCAUUAAAAUUAUAGACUGAUCAUUUCUUUGUCAGUGGGCAAACGUACAAAAUCAGCAGGGGUUCAAAUACUUUUUUCCCUCACUGUGUGUGUAUGUAUGUAUGUAUGUAUGUAUGUGUAUAUGUAUGUAUAUAUAUAUAUAUAGAUUUUUUUUUUUACUUGACUGAAGGCCUGCAUCUGUUCAGUCUGAGGGGAGUGAGGGAGAAGCGGUGAGGAUGCAUCUCAUCCGACUCACCGUCCCUUCGCUCUCCCUUCCUCCACUGAGAAAAGGGGACAGUCUUCCAGCUGAUGGUGAAAUUCAAGUCGCACUGCAUUAUUUCUGCCUCAUGCAGCAAUUCAUGUUAAUCCUAUGACCAGAGAAAGUGAAAUAUUCCUUGAUAUAAAAAAGACACGCAGCUAAUAAUAGGUCAAGCUUAUCGGAACAUUUUGCUAUACUCAUUCAUUGCAGCUGCAGUGCUGGUUGUAGCGUGAGUGGAAGUAGGGAGAACACACAUUUUAUGGCUUAUAAAAGUGUUGACAGUGCUGAAUAACAACUUAAACAUUAACUUAGUCAUAAAAACAGCAGCUCUUUUGAUGUAUUCGUUGUCUCUAGUCAUCUCGCAGUAUCAACUUUGCUGUGCGUUCGAAGGCUUCUUUUUACAGUCUAUGGCUCUAGGAAACUGCAGACAGUCAUCUGAGCUAUCUGAUUGGCCAGCUGUAGGCCUAUAGGUGCACUUCAUUUGCUCUCAAGGCCUACCGGGUAGGCAGAGUUUUAACUUCAGACACAUGAAAUGGUUAAAAAUGGGAACACUUUGAUUUCUCGGCACCAGGACUGCUGAAUCAAGUGCAACAACCGCAAACAGCGGGUAAAACAUUUAAAUAAUAAUAGCAACACAAGGCUUUAUCGUUGGGUUUUGUACAGAAAUGUUUGGUGAUCGACUAGGAAUGCCUUGGAGAUCGACCAGUCGAUUCCGAUCGACCGGUUGGUGACCACUGGUCUAGGGUGUCUGGGAUGAUGGAGUUGAUGUGUGCAUAACCAGCCACAAAGCAUGAUUACAGAUGUGAGUGCUACAGGGUGGUGGUAGUCAUUGUGGCAUGAAGCCUUAGUUCUUGGGAACAGAAAUUAUGGUAGUGGGGUUUACAGACGGGACAAGGAGAGGUUGAACAUUUUACAUGAAUAUGCCUGCCAGCUGAUCUGCGGAUGCUCAGAGAACGCCCCCUGGAAAUGUCGUCCGGCCCUGCGGCCUUGUGAGUGUUGACCCGAUUGACCUUACUCAUGUCUGCCUCAAAGCGAGCUCUCCCAGUCCUCUGGGUCGGUGGGGGUGCUCACGCAUGGUACGGUGUUAUUGUCGACUCGUCCAUAAAAUGCAUUGUUCGUCUGGAAGAGGGGCAUCGUUGGGCAGAUCACAGUUGGGUCUUCCUUCUGUAAUGGACUGUAGCCCCUACCACAUGCAGCAGGCGUCGGAGCCUGUGUAGUAUGAUUCCACCUUAUUCCUAUAUUGUCCUUUUGCUUGUUUGAUGACUCUGUGUAGGUCGUAUCGGGACUUCUUGUACUUGUUUAAGUAGUAGACAAUCUCUAAUUUUGCUCCCAAAGCCUGGCUGACAAAUAUGAACUCUUCACUCUCCUCUAUCUCCAGGUUGGAAAGGGCAAAGAAACUGCAAGAGCAGAAAGAAAAGGAGAUGUUGGAGAAACAGCAGCAUCAGGAGGUACCUGCAGGUGAGACACUCUCUUCUGCCAUCAAUUACACCUACAAAAAAUGAAUUCAAAGUGAGUAAAACCAUAGAAACUGGUCACUAACUGAUACCCACUUUUGCAUUUCUAGUUCCAGCUCCCGUGCUGUCUGACACAGUAGUAGUUGCUGCUGCAGCUGCUACCAACCCUGUCCUCAAUGUGGCAGCUCUCCUGGCCUCAGGGACCCAGGUCACGCCCCAGAUCGCCAUGGCAGCGCAGAUGGCAGCCCUACAAGCCAAAACCUUAGCAGAGACUGGCAUUGCUGUGCCCAGUUAUUACAAUCCCUCUGCUGUUAACCCCAUGAAGUUUGCUGAGCAGGAGAAGAAAAGGAAGAAGCUCUGGCAGGGAAAGAAGGAAGGGGUAAGAUUUUAUGCUAUACAGAAAAUGUAGUGCAGUAAGUAGUACACUGGUUAUUUGAUGGAGCAGAUUAGCUUUACUUUGCUUUGUAACCUCUGGAAUGUAGAACUAGUGACUUAAUGAAAAUAAAUGUUGAAAAAAACAUUCAACUUUGCUCAUGGUGGCAUGAUUGUUGCAAGUUACUAAUGCAUGCAAAUUGUUUGUUUUGAAGGACAAGUCACAGACAGCUGAGUUGUGGGAGAAGCUGAACUUUGGAAAUAAGGACCAAAAUGUUAAAUUUCGUAAACUGAUGGGCAUCAAAGUAUGUAUAACGGAGGCCUUUUAUUUUCUCAUUUGAGUGUGUACCAUGCUGUAGAGCCUUGCAUUUCUAACACUGUGGUGUCUGUCUUGUCAGGGGGAGGAGGAAGGCGAGGCCUCAAAGCCACUCAACGACGAAGGCCUGAAGACCCUGCAGCAGCAGGAGGAGAUGUUCCAUAACCUUGACGUUCAGUACGAGAUGGCCAGGUCCCAGACCCACACUCAGAGAGGCAUGGGACUAGGCUUCGGCUCUUCAUUCUCACGGGGCAUGGACACCAUCUGAUGCCAAAUCAUGCACUGGCUUGCCCUUGCUUUCUUCUUCAUAUAGGUCUCUCCACUCACAGCUAGCACUCAAGCUUGCAUGGAUGUUGUUGCAUUGGAUCUGUCAUUUAUUUAGAAACAAUCUCACGUCUUUAAACAUUCUCAUGUAAAUAGAUGCUGAGCUUUCCUCAGUGUACAUCGGUACAUCUUUUCAGAAUUAUGCAACAGUUUAAUGACAGUGAUGCUGGCUGGAUUUAGAUUUAUGUUUGAGAAAUGUGAUUGCUUAUUAUCUGUUUUUUACAAAAAUUGUAUAUAUUUCGGAUGGUUUGAAAUGGAACAUUAUGUAGAUCAAGUAAAAUUAUUCUGUUUACAUUAAUUUACCAAGAGGCUUUACACAUUGAUCUGAAUCCUAAUCUCAAUAUGUAGUGUUAUCUUUCAUUUUCCUUUCUACUGAAUGGAAAUGUAAAACAGCGGAUCAUAUUACUAAGAUGUCUACCAGGCAUCUGAUGGUUUCAUGGAAAGAUUGAACAAUAAACGUACAUAUGUUCUUGAAAUAAAAGUCCC